CACCAUCGUCGUUUCCCAUACACACCGUACUCGCAAUAACACAUCAUGCCAGACGAGAGCUCAGAGCGUGCUCUAUCUCCAGCCAUGGAGUCCCCCCUCGAGACACUAGAUCCGGAUGGGGACGCGGUACUACUGAUCCCCGGUCCAGCUUCAGGCCGAUUCCUGGUGUCAUCAAAAGUCCUGAUCCUCGCCUCACCCGUCUUUGCGAAACUAUUCACAUUGGGGUAUCGGGAGGGGAAUCAGAUGAAGAACUCGACUCGGCCGACCAUCACCCUACCGGAGGAUAGCCCAAGUGCCAUGCGGACAAUCCUACAAGCUCUUCAUUACCAAGGGUCUGAAGAUGGGGAUUCAUUGAGUGCGAGACACCUGGCCGUCAUCGCUGUUCACUGUGACAAGUACGACUGCAACAGUGCUCUCCGACCUUGGAUCGUGAACUGUCUUGCCAGGUUUAGUCGUAUCGAGACACCAGAGGAUCAUGGCUACCUUCUUCUCGCUGCAUACCUCUUUCAGUGCGCAAGCCAUUAUGCCAGAAUUUCCAUCCAGGCCCAAAUUAACCUUCCUCCCCGGUUUGCUGACGCCUGGAGCGAGAUAGACCUCCUGGAUCUGCUACCGUCAAGCGUUUGUAACAACUACGGAACAUCCACGAACAACUUCAAGCGGGCGAGGUAG